UCGACUAUUCGGUCUUGCACGCGCCUCAGGCGGGCUCCGCUGAGAUCCAGUCUUUCGGCGCUCGACUCGCCCGUGCUGCUGCCGCUGCCGAAGGAGGGGCAAAGCUCAAGAUGGCGGACAAAACGCCAGGCGGCUCUCAGAAGGCCAGUUCAAAGACCAGAUCAUCAGAUGUUCAUUCAUCUGGAUCUUCAGAUGCCCACAUGGAUGCAUCUGGACCCUCAGAUAGUGAUAUGCCAAGUCGGACACGACCUAAGAGCCCAAGAAAACAUAAUUAUAGGAAUGAAAGUGCCCGUGAAAACGUUUGUGACUCUCCUCAUCAGAAUCUCUCAAGACCUCUUCUAGAAAACAAACUUAAAGCAUUCAGUAUUGGAAAAAUGAGUACAGCUAAGCGAACUUUAAGUAAGAAGGAGCAAGAAGAAUUAAAGAAGAAGGAGGAUGAAAAGGCAGCUGCUGAAAUUUAUGAGGAAUUUCUUGCUGCCUUUGAAGGAAGUGAUGGUAAUAAAGUGAAAACGUUUGUGCGCGGAGGUGUUGUUAAUGCAGCUAAAGAAGAACAUGAAACAGAUGAAAAAAGAGGUAAAAUCUAUAAGCCAUCCUCAAGAUUUGCAGAUCAAAAAAAUCCUCCAAAUCAGUCAUCCAAUGAAAGACCACCAUCUCUUCUUGUGAUAGAAACCAAAAAACCUCCACUGAAGAAAGGCGAGAAAGAAAAGAAAAAAAGCAAUUUGGAACUCUUCAAAGAAGAAUUGAAACAAAUUCAAGAAGAGCGUGAUGAGAGACAUAAAACAAAAGGCAGGUUAAGUCGAUUUGAGCCGCCUCAGUCAGAUUCUGAUGGUCAGCGUCGUUCUAUGGAUGCGCCUUCAAGAAGAAAUAGAUCAUCUGGUGUUCUCGAUGAUUAUGCACCUGGCUCACAUGAUGUAGGAGAUCCAAGCACUACUAAUUUAUACCUUGGAAACAUUAAUCCACAGAUGAAUGAAGAAAUGUUGUGCCAGGAGUUUGGAAGAUUUGGGCCCCUGGCCAGCGUGAAAAUUAUGUGGCCCAGAACUGAUGAAGAAAGGGCAAGAGAGAGAAAUUGUGGCUUUGUGGCCUUUAUGAAUAGAAGAGAUGCUGAAAGAGCUUUAAAAAACUUAAAUGGAAAGAUGAUUAUGUCUUUUGAAAUGAAGUUAGGUUGGGGUAAAGCUGUGCCUAUUCCUCCACAUCCAAUAUACAUUCCGCCUUCCAUGAUGGAACAUACGCUUCCCCCACCUCCGUCAGGACUGCCUUUUAAUGCGCAGCCUAGAGAGCGGUUAAAAAACCCCAAUGCUCCCAUGUUACCACCACCUAAAAACAAGGAGGAUUUUGAGAAGACUCUGUCGCAAGCCAUAGUCAAAGUGGUUAUCCCAACAGAAAGGAAUUUGCUCGCCCUGAUACAUCGAAUGAUAGAGUUUGUUGUACGUGAAGGGCCAAUGUUUGAAGCUAUGAUUAUGAACAGAGAGAUCAACAAUCCUAUGUUCAGAUUCUUAUUUGAAAACCAGACACCAGCCCAUGUUUACUAUAGGUGGAAGCUUUAUUCUAUUCUGCAGGGAGAUUCUCCAACUAAGUGGCGGACAGAAGAUUUUCGUAUGUUCAAAAAUGGAUCUUUUUGGAGGCCACCACCGUUAAAUCCAUAUCUGCAUGGGAUGUCAGAAGAGCAGGAAACAGAAGCUUUUGUAGAGGAGCCUAGUAAAAAGGGAGCACUUAAGGAAGAACAGAGGGACAAAUUAGAAGAAAUUCUGCGGGGGUUAACUCCAAGGAAAAAUGAUAUUGGAGAUGCAAUGGUUUUCUGUCUUAAUAAUGCUGAAGCUGCUGAAGAAAUAGUGGAUUGCAUUACCGAGUCAUUGUCCAUCUUAAAGACACCCCUUCCCAAAAAGAUUGCCAGAUUAUAUUUGGUUUCUGAUGUUUUGUACAACUCUUCAGCCAAAGUUGCCAAUGCUUCCUAUUAUAGAAAAUUUUUUGAAACAAAGUUGUGUCAGAUAUUUUCAGACCUCAAUGCUACCUAUCGUACAAUUCAAGGCCAUUUACAGUCUGAAAACUUUAAGCAACGGGUAAUGACCUGCUUUAGAGCAUGGGAAGAUUGGGCAAUUUAUCCAGAACCAUUUUUGAUCAAACUACAAAAUAUUUUCUUAGGACUUGUAAAUAUUAUUGAAGAAAAGGAGACAGAGGAUGUACCAGAUGACCUUGAUGGUGCCCCCAUUGAGGAAGAGCUUGAUGGUGCACCUCUAGAAGAUGUGGAUGGAAUUCCUAUUGAUGCUACUCCCAUUGAUGACCUUGAUGGAGUCCCUAUUAAGAGCCUUGAUGAUGAUCUUGAUGGAGUGCCUUUGGAUGCGACUGAAGACGCAAAGAAGAAUGAGCCUAUAUUUAAGGUUGCCCCGUCAAAAUGGGAAGCUGUAGAUGAAUCUGAAUUGGAAGCACAGGCUGUAACAACUUCUAAAUGGGAGUUAUUUGACCAGCAUGAAGAAUCAGAAGAAGAAGAAAAUCAAAAUCAAGAAGAAGAAAGUGAAGAUGAAGAAGAUACUCAAAGUUCCAAAUCUGAAGAACAUCAUUUGUACUCUAAUCCAAUCAAAGAAGAAAUGACUGAGUCCAAGUUCUCUAAGUACUCUGAAAUGAGUGAGGAAAAACGAGCUAAACUCCGUGAAAUUGAGCUCAAAGUUAUGAAGUUUCAAGAUGAAUUAGAAUCUGGAAAAAGACCUAAAAAACCAGGCCAGAGCUUUCAGGAACAAGUAGAACACUACAGAGAUAAACUUCUUCAACGAGAGAAAGAGAAAGAAUUAGAAAGAGAACGAGAAAGAGAUAAGAAGGAUAAAGAAAAAUUGGAAUCUCGAUCCAAAGACAAGAAGGAAAAAGAUGAGUGUACUCCAACAAGGAAAGAAAGGAAAAGGCGACACAGUACGUCCCCUAGCCCAUCUCGCAGUAGCAGUGGUAGACGAGUGAAAUCCCCAUCACCAAAAUCGGAGCGAUCAGAGCGUUCAGAAAGAUCUCAUAAAGAGAGCUCACGGUCCAGGUCAUCUCACAAAGAUUCUCCUAGAGAUGUUAGCAAAAAGGCCAAAAGAUCUCCAUCUGGUUCAAGGACACCUAAAAGGUCUAGGCGAUCACGGUCUAGAUCCCCUAAAAAAUCAGGGAAGAAGUCCAGAUCCCAGUCCCGAUCUCCACACAGGUCUCAUAAAAAGUCAAAGAAAAACAAACACUGACAUAAAUUUUUAAGAUGCUGUCACUUAUUGGAAAUGCGAUUUUGUUUUGUGCCUGAAUGGUCUGUUUUAUAAAAAAAAACAAAAAAACAAAAAAAUCUAAUGAAAGAGCAUUCCUGGGGUUUUUCUUUGUUUGUGAAUGCAUGUGUAAACUCAUAAGUAACUGCAUCUGUAGACCUGUCGUUGUUUUAUAUUGUAUAAAUACUUUCAUUGUGGCUGUUUCUCAAGGUGAAAUUUUUAUUGUGCUAAUGAAUUUCAUCAAAAAUGUGUAUAAUGGAUCUGCUGGCAGUAGUAAUAUUUUGUUUUAGGAUGUUGUGACUUAGCAAAAAAUAAUACAGAUGUCUUCCCCCCUUUUGUAGCUUUGACAAUUUGAAUUAGAUUUCAAAUAAAAUCUGAACAGAAAACUA